AUGGAGAGCAACCAGGGUUGGCGCGACCGUCUGCCUUUCUCGCUCACCUCGAAGCUCGCUUUGAGCCUGUUCGACAACGCCGGUCCGCGCCUCGCCCACCCAUGUGUACGAGCAUGCGACGUCUCCUCCGCUCUUCGCGACGCGAAUGGCGACAUCGACCUGCUCGCUCCCCAACUCGCCGUACUUGCGCUGUGCGCUAUGGCGAUGGGGUCACUGCUCUCGAUCGAUCCCGCUAUCCUCGCCAAUCAUGCAGGAAACGUACAGACUCUCGCGGACGUCGAGUCGCUCGGUCCCGAUCUGCGCACCCUCGGUCAAAGUCGGUCAAACGCCUACCUUGCGCUCAAGAGCGAAGCAAAGCGGAGGGCGAGGGCUCUGGGUGUCGAUGUCGAUCCCAGCUUCGCGAACGCGGCUUCGUGCUGGCUGCUGGACUACCUCGAAGCGGUUGAAGCUACCGACCGUCAUACUCCUCGGCCCUGGCACGCCGCCUAUCUCUCGCACAUCCGCCGCCUGCGCUGGACGCAGCCGCUGAACAGCGCGUCUUGGUCCGACGACACAAUCUGGGCUUUCAAUCUCGGAACCGACAACCUCGCAAACUUGGGAGAAGUCUGCCUAUCGAGUCGAGACGUCGCUUUGCUGGUGAAGUUGGUCGCCCAAGAUCCUGUCGCCCUCGAAGCAUCUUUGCGAGCCGGACUUGAUCAACCGCUCAAUACUGGAGUUUGGCCCGACGCUGCUACGCCUGUCAAGUUAGGCCUCGAUACGGCUGCUCGAGUCCACGAGGAGAUCACGGGCUUACACGCUCGACAAGCGUCUCUCGACGAAUCUGCCCUCCUCCGCGCCUUCACCGACAUAGAGCAACUCAGCACGAUCGCCUCCCUCUUUCUUGCGCUCACAGAUCGCCUCCUCGACGACGACCGCACCUCCGAAUCGAGCAUGAUGCGCCGCGUCCCCUUCUCUCGUCGACAAGCUCUCCGACACAUCCGCUUCUUUGUCGCCGUCCAAUGGACUUCGCCUGCUCUCGCUUUGUACCGCGAGCUGCAGCGGCGCGUCUCGCUUGCUGUCGGACUCGGAGGAGAAGCGACAACCUUCCAGCGCUUCGAGCAACAGCGACUACACCUCCACCUCUCGCAAUCGCGCGAAUACGCGUUCUCAGCCCUCGACUCGAUCCUCGCCGCCCUCGACCGCACGCCUCACAUCACCUUCUGGACGCACCUCCAGCCUCGUCUAAUCCAUCAGUGGGCAGAGUUCUUGGUUGAGGAAGUCGAGGCGGGACGGGCAGGAGGUUUGGGUGAAAGGCUAGGCGGGAUCUGCCAGACACUCGCCGGCGCACUUCUCAAAGUCGGUUUCUGCUUCACCAACCCCUCAAGCGACGCGCUCAUCGCCCGACUCGAAAACAUCGCUGCGGCAGAACAUCUCGCCACGACCUCGUUCAGACACGCCGACCCGCUCUCGCUCUUCGCCUUCCUGUCGAAUACAGGCUCGCCGCAAGACGGCGGUCCGGGCUCGUCAGGCUCGUCGACGGGAGCGGCGCAGACGACGAUGGAUCCGAACGCGAUGCUCGGCGCGGGUGUCUGGCAGCCCGAAUCGUGGUGGCCGUCGAUAGCGGUAGAAGCGAUGCAGACGUAG